AUGUGUAUUUUUAGAGUGGAUCAAGAAGCAAGAAGUGAUUCCUGUGAUACCUGUAAUGACCAACUUGAUUUCUAUUAUGCUGAAGAGGACGCAAAAUGCUCUGAGCACAAUUACUGUAAGAGACUGUACACAUCACUGCUGGAGGAAUUUAAUAAUUUAGACACGACAGCAGGACAACAUUCCACCAGUUGUAAUGACCAGAUAAGCAUAAAAGAGGAAUACUUUAUUGAAACAGUCAAUGCAGAAAAUGUAUCAAAGUUGAAACAUAUUGAGAGCUGUUGUGCUGACUUAGAAAUCAAAGAAGAACCUACUAGUGAUACAGAUUGUCAAACCACAGAUCUACCAGAAGUGAAGAUUGAGGUUGUUAAUGAUGAGAUGUGGGAAGAGAGUUUGAACCAAAGACCAAGUGAUUUAGAAAAUGGGGGAUUAUACCUUACUGAGGUGACCGAAGCUUUAUCUGAGGAACUGAGAAACUUUAAUGUGUUAAAUUUAAUGCUGUCUGCUGGGUUCUUAUAGAACUGUGUAACUUAACCUGAACUUCACUGACUCAGUGGAACCUGAUGCUGUAGCUGUACCAGAAUCUGCUUUGGAAGCAGCUUGCUAACAGUGUUAACUGAGUGGACAAAAACAACUAGAAAUGAUGCUGUUAUUUUCUCAGCAUUUAAAGCUACAGUUGACAUUUGGUUUCCAUUGACUAUUGUAUUGUUAGAAAGUGUCAAGUAUGGGUUUGUUGAUGUGUAUGUUGUUGUAAGGGGUGAACAUGUGUAACAAGGGAAGUGACUGGUCAAGUGACAGCAUCUGUGUUGAUAGCGUGAGAAAAUGGAGGUAUGUAAUAUUGGAUGACAGUUGUUUGUGUGAUGGUGG